AUGUGGUCUCCUGCGCUCGAUGCUGUUGAAUAUGUCCAAAUCGACUUUGCGGAUGCAUUCAACGCAACGAGCAUUUAUCGCGAGCAUGGAUUCGAAGUACCUCCAGAAAGGCUCAGCGGCAUGAAUCGAUCCGAAGAAGAUCAUCUCAUGCAUGUCCCUCCUGAGGUUGGCGACGGCUACGUCGGGCUACUGGAGGUCUAUCAUCAGCUGCAUUGCUUGAACAUUGUCCGCAUGUACACGUGGUGGCAGGCGGGGAAGUAUGACGAGCCUCCAGUUGGGCUGUCUAAUGACCCUCUCAAGAAUCGUAUGCACGUCGACCACUGCCUAGACGCGCUACGUAUCGCACUCAUGUGCUGGGGGGAUGUCACUCCGUUGCUAGUGCGACUUGGAGGACCUGCGGGCGCCCGCGCGGACUUCGAAACUCACCACAAGUGCAGAGAUUUCAAUGCCAUCGAGAACUGGAUCGAAAACAACUGGACGGUGAAAUAG